AUUGCCGCUCAGGCCCUUCGUAUGUCGGGCAUAGAGCCCGCUCCACCCGGUAUUCCGAAAGCCGCUGCGCUCAACGCGGGUUCCAAAGAGCAGCUCGUGCAGCAGGCUGAGGGUCACCCUUCAGCCGAAGCGGGAGAAGAUCCGCAGCAUGCUGCCGCGAGUAGUGCUCCACCUAGUGCGAGCACGACCGGGCCACCGGUCAAGGCGCCUCCGCCGCAUUUGCGGGGCGCUACGGCCGGCGAAGAGGCUCAACAGGGUCGCGGCACCCGGGCAUCGAGCGACGAAGCAGGCGAUGGCCCAUCAUCGGGCCCCCUGGUCGCCGGAGGUGCCACCCUCGCGACCAUUGUUGCGGUAUGGGACGCUUGCCACAUGGUGCGUCCCCAUGCUGAACAGGCAGUCGCUGUUGUCGCCGACGAGGUUGCCUUUGCGACCUCAUCGGCCAUCCGUUUAGGAGACUUAGAGAGGGACGAGUCCGGGACGAGCGGAGAGAGUGUGCUGCAUAUGUACGGUCCUUGGUGGACCAAGCGCAGGCGCCUGAGCCACUUAACCAGUGGCGAUAAGUCCUUUAUGACCUUUUGGCAUGAGGACCAGAUCAUCCCCAGUCGAAGCGCCCCGGAAUUGCCUGCUGCCGCUUUGCAGGCUCAAGAAUCUCCUUCGGGAGCCCUUUCCAAUAAGAGCAUGCGCUCUACGACCUCCGGCGGAGCUGAAUUUGAAUUGGCGUUGCUUCGACGAGAAUGUGAUGGCUUGCGAAAGGCCCUUGAUGACUCUACUCGAAGGGAGCAAGGCCUGGCGGCCCAACUCCGAGCUCACCGUGUUCUCCAGGAACAGGCGGCUGACGGUCGUGUAACGCCGUUAGCUAUCCUAGAUGCCGCGCCCCAGGCGCGAGGUGGAGAAGUGCAGAUUGCCCUCCACCCGGACUCUAGCUUUUUAGGUCCGUUGUUGCAGCUGAUCAGUGACGCUGCAUGUGUCGAGAUCUUGCUCACCGCGUUCACCUACGACGAUCCGGAGCUUACGUCUGCCGCCACCGCAGCUAAGCAGCGAGGAGCCAGCGUCCGAUUGCUUAUCGAUUUGCAAAAGGCUCAGGCGUGCAAAGAAUCGAGGAAGAUCUUGCAGCAGCUCCUGGACUCGCAGUUCGAAGUUCGUACAACAUGCGGAAGAUCCCUCUCGGAAGUUUAUGGAGGUAGCUUUAGAGGUUUUAAGGGAGCGCUCCAUGCCAAGACCGCUCUCGUCCGAAGCCGUGCUUCGGGAGACGGAGAUGAUGGAGUAGCCUUGUUCGUAGGUUCCCAUAACCUCACGAAAGCCUCCCGUGCCAAUCGCGAGUUCGUGACCGAGUUACGACUCGCCGCGAGUGACACUCGCGUUGCUACAUACCGGGCUUGGUACGAGAGCAUGUGGAGCGCGUCCGAGGGGAUCCAGGUAGAGGCUGGCGCCGCGCCACGCCGCCGCGUGCGAGGCAAGAACGCCCCGCCAAACGCGACCGCUGCUGCUGACUGA